UUGAAACUUUGGGGUAAACGUAUAAAUUUCGCAUCCAGUCAUUACACGCAAUUCGCAUUUUCUGGUCGAAGUCGUCAUGGCACGUUCAGCCCUUACGACUCUACAGGUCGUGUUAUGCCUCCUGAGCCUGGCAUUCGCGACGACACCACUUAUUUCCUCAAAUGGCCAAUCCACCACAAUACCAACCUGGAAACUGCAAUCGUCCUCCAAACUUAAUGUCGAUAUCUCGAAACUCUCCUCUCCCUCGCUUGAUACAUCUUCUUGGUACACCCUAGGCUCGCAUGGCACAUUAAUGGCUGCUCUUCUUGAGAGCAACGCCUACAAAGACACCGACCUUUUCUAUUCCGCCAAUCUCCAAAAAGUGGAUUAUUCACAAUUCCAAGUCCCCUGGUUCUACCGAUCAGAAUUCGCUCUGAACGCUACUCAAGAACCUGAGACGCAUUUCCUGCUCUCCACCAACGGCGUCACAUCCCGAGCAGAUGUCUACAUCAAUGGGAAACUCGUAGCAGACAAAAACACCCAAGCAGGUGCAUAUGCAGGGCACACCUUUUCCAUCACGGAUGCAAUUAAAGAUGGCACGAAUAUUCUCUUGAUCCGCGUGUACCCAACAAAUUACGACCGGGACUUAGCCCUCGGAUUCGUAGACUGGAAUCCCUACCCGCCAGACAAUGGCACCGGAAUCUGGCGUGACAUCGAUGUGACGCGCACAGGCGCUGUAUCUCUCUCUGCUCCACGCGCCAUUUCAAUGAAGUCCGGGCGGGGGGAUGCAGUGAAUCUAAGCCUGAAGGUUGAUAUGCAGAAUUUGGAGUCGAAGGAGAUAUGGGGGGAGAUGGUGUGUACGGUUACAGAUCCAGCCGGUAAAGAGAUGGAACAGCACCCAGCGAUGAAUUUCACGCUUCCUGCAAAAGCUGCAAAGACUGCGACUCUUAAUAUGACGAUUACGAGCCCGCAGAUCUGGUGGCCAGCGCAGUGGGGAAGUCAAUCGUUGUAUAGUUUCUCUUGCGUGGCAUACACGACAUUGUCCAAGUCGGCCAUCACGACACCCACGAAAUUCGGUAUCAGAACUGUGACAUCAACACUCAGCGCCACAAAUGAUACCACAUUCUUCGUCAACGAAAAACCUUUUCAAGUCUUAGGUGCGGGCUACACAUCCGACAUUUUCUUGCGCUUCGAUAUCGAGAAACUCCGCGCGCAGUUCAAAUACAUGCUCUCUAUGGGCUUGAACACGGUGCGCUUGGAAGGCAAACAAGAACACCCUGCGUUAUACUCUCUGGCCGACGAAAUGGGGCUCAUGGUAAUGGCUGGCUGGGAGUGUUGCGACAAAUGGGAAGGCUGGGCAUACAACGACGAAGGCUCUGGUCAAAAAUGGACCGCCCCUGAUUACACUAUCGCGAACGCCUCUAUGCGACAUGAAGCCGCAAUGAUGACUUCCCACCCAUCCACCCUCGCUUUCCUCGUGGGAUCAGACUUCUGGCCUGAUGAUAAAGCAACGAAAAUCUACGUCUCGGCAUUGCAGGCGUAUGACUGGCAAGCCCCGAUCAUAGCCUCAGCCUCCCAACGCGGCUUCCCGUCGCUCCUUGGAAACGGGGGCAUGAAAAUGGACGGCCCAUACGACUGGGUUCCGCCAAACUAUUGGUACGGCAGUGAACUCGGUGCUGCAUUCGGCUUUGGCUCAGAACUCGGAGCCGGAGUCGGCACACCCGAACUCUCAUCUCUCAAGAAAUUCCUGUCCUCUGCCGACCUCGCAGAUCUCUGGAAAGCGCCGAACAAGGGCUUGUAUCAUAUGAGCACGAACGUAUCCUCCUUCUACACCCGCGAAAUCUACAACACGGCCUUAUGGAAGCGAUAUGGCGCGCCAACCAGUCUACCAGAUUACUUGCUGAAAGCUCAGAUGGCGGACUACGAGGCCACGCGCGCGGAAUUCGAAGCGUAUGCCGCGAAAUGGUCUAAUCCGGCCCGUCCUGCUACUGGCCUGAUUUACUGGAUGUUGAAUAACGCGUGGCCGAGCUUGCAUUGGAGUCUUUUUGACUAUUACCUCCAUCCAGCAGGAUCGUACUUUGGCACUAAGACGGGGAGUAGGAUUGAGCAUGUUGCGUACGAUUAUGCGGAUAGUUCGGUAUAUUUGAUAAACCGGAGUCUUGAUAAAUCGGGCCCGAGGACCGUGGAAGUUGAACUCUUGUCGCUCAGCGGGUCACGGGUUUCCUCACAAACGGUCACUGCUACCACGGCGCCGAAUCACAGUAAGAAAAUCCUGGAUAAAGUCCCCGGACUGGACAAACUUAAAGACAAGGACACCGCGCUUCUCCGCCUUCUGCUAAAAAACGGAAACGAGAUCCUUAGCCGAAAUGUAUACUGGCUAUCCCCUAAACCUGAUGUCCUUGAUUGGCGGAAUUCGACGUGGUAUUCCACGCCCGUUACUUCGUAUACUUCCUACACAGCGCUAAAUGAUCUUGAGUCCGCGAACGUGGCGAUUACGUCGACGAGUCAGGGUGUGGGGAAUGCUACUGUCUGUUUAGAGAAUAAGGGGAGUGUUCCGGCUGUUUUUGUUAAGCUCAAUCUAGUGGAUGCAGGGGGAAAGGAUGUUGUGCCCGUGUUCUGGGAGGAUAAUUAUGUUACUCUGUUUCCACAGGAGAAGAUUGAGGUGCGAGUGGAGUAUUCUAGGAGCUAUGCGGGUGCUAAGAUUGAGGUUUUAGGGAGGAAUGUUGGGAGUCAGGUUGUUGAGAUUGGGAAGUGAGGACAGAUGUUUGGGUAGGGUUUUUAGAGCUAAGGGAUGGAGGAUGAGUAUAGCUGCGGAUCAUCCUACUAGCGAAGCUUAGUAGAAAGCAAGUAGUGAUAAU